GGGGGCGAGUUUGCGGCCCACACACACACACACACACACACAGAGAGAGAGAGAGAGAGAGAGAGACUAUUUUGAAAGUGACCCUCUCAUUCAGGCAGCGACUGUGCAGCUGUCAGGAACCAUGACUGAAGAUGACGGAUUCUGUUGUCGUGGAGGGAUAUGCCAGACUCCGAGAUGGAAAAAAGUGGAAAACUAGGUGGCUCGUUCUUCGCAAGCCGUCGCCUGUAGCAGACUGCCUCGUGCUGCUGGUUUUUAAAGACAAGUCCGACAAAGCGCAGGGCAACAAGGAGAGGGCCAGCGUCACGUUGGAGGAGAUCUGCGGCGUGGAAGCGGGACAGUGGUAUGAAGGUGUGGCUUUUACUCUGGCCAUCCUUUGCCUGAACCAGGCUGCUCUACUGGGCUUCGACAGCAAGGAGGCCCUGCAGGCGUGGGACGCCCGCCUACGGUACAGCCUCGGCGAAGUUCAUAGAUUCAGUGUUGGAGUCUUACCAGGGACCAAGUUGGAGAGUGGACCUGCAACUCUUCAUCUGUGCAACAACUUAUUGGUUCUCGCCAGGGACGUCCCUCCUGUUAUUAUUGGCCACUGGAACCUUCCAGACCUGCGCAGAUAUGGGCCUGUACCCAAUGGAUUUGUGUUCGAGGGAGGAUCAAGAUGCGGUUAUUGGGCCGGUGUUUUCUUGCUCGCAUCUGCUGAGAGCGAGCAGAUCAGCUUUCUAUUCGACUGCAUCGUCAGAGGCAUCUCCCCCACCAGAAGCCCGUUUGGACUGCGGCCAGUUUUGCCAGACCCCAGUGCCAGUCAGACGAAUUCGGAGGAGAGGUUGAACCACGAGGCCCAGGAGCUGGAGAAACGACUGAGCAUGCUCUCUCACAGGAGCAGCACAGUCUCGUCCUCAUUCUGCCCGUCUGCUGGGGGAGACGACCGCAGCAUAUCUGGCUCCUCAGACACGUCCGACACCAGCCAAUCGGACUGCAGUAUUGGCAGCCGAAUGGCCGUUUGGACUGAGCCGGCCUCCAACCCAUCCGACGGCAUCGGCAAUGUGGGAGCUAAAGCGGCUUUACAGAGCAUCGAGAAGCUUUCCGUCAACCAGGGAGGUGGAAACCGGCUUGUUGCCAAACCCCCCCGGCAGCUCCAGGAGAUCGGCCGUCAGAGCUCGUCUGACAGCGGCAUCGCCACCGGCAGCCAUUCCUCUUACUCUGGAAGUUUCUCCUCCUAUACAGGCAGCCUGGAUAUCACCACCGGGGAGGACUUUGGGUCAGUGUUCAGCUUGCCUCCCCACUUGGCUCAAGACCUGAGCCCUUGUAUUUGCGCCACUGUCCCUGGACAUGAAUACCAAGUACCAACAUCACUUAGGUAUCUCUAUGACAGCCCCAAAAGUCUGUUACAGGAGGGAAGUGGGGAUGGUAAAUACAAUGAACCCUCCGCCUCAACAAAGGACAGUCCUGCCUCUUUAGGCCUCACAGACUCUGCACAGGAGGAUAAAAGCAGCGCCGCGACCUCCGACGGGCACUCAGAAACUACUGAAAGACCGUCAAUGAGUGAACACUUACAAAUCCCCUCAGAGGAGAGAAAGAAAGCUCUCUGCAGCUCUCUCACAUCUGUCUCCAAAACCCUUUUGACUAUCUGCUUAGUUUGUGGUGGAUUUAAGGGCACCCCGUGCAUCCCUGCAAGUGGCUCGGCGAUACCUGCCAUACCAGAACAUCACAUUUUCAAUCCAGCAGAUGAAAGUGUUGACAAAUCAUCACGCAGACCCUGCACCGCCAGUAAAUACUAUAUUGCAGUGAGGAACGUUCUGGAGAAACCCUGUGCCUCGCCUGGGUCUGGAAACAGCCACAGCUUAGAGAAGCCAACAGUGAGGAGAAGGGAGGGUUCACCGCUGCCAAAGAAAGGAAGAGAGAAAUUAGCUAAUCUCCUAGCUGAUCUGCUAGGCUUUCCAAAUGCAGACAGGCAGCUUGAGGCAAAGACUAACAGACUGAACCUUUAUGAGUCAAUGAGCCCUAGUUUUGGAAAUGAGCUCAAAUCUGCACCAACUGGCACCCGUGUACCAUUUCAAGACUCAGAGCAAGACAAAAGAGCUGCCAUUUAUGAAAACUGUUUAAAGUGUCGAGGGGAGCACUGCCACCCUCCUCCACCUGCCGGAAUGAACCGCAACAGGAACGUUUCCCCUUCGCGAACCUUUCCGACCGGGCUGCACCUAAAGAAAAGCCGAGAACAUGAAGCGGCCGUUCACGAGGAACCGCUCGAUCGAGCUCCCGGUGAUGGAUCUCGGAGUGUGGUCGCGCAGUGUCGGUACGAAGAGAUGAAUGGUCCAACAGUGACCGGUGAAGACAAAAGGCUUAAAAGUAAAGAGGAAAGACGCAGAGCUGAUUAUGAGAUCAUGGAGAGUCGGGCGCCGGAGAGAAACUCAGAGCAGGCAGAAGAAAAAAGCAAGUAUGAGCUGAUGGGCAGCUGUGGUCAGCAGAGGUUCCUUCAAGAGACUCAAGGGGCAGCGUUCGUUUCCCCCGCAGAGGCACCGCUCCCCGAAAGGACUCGCAGUGAAGGUGUGACGUAUGUGAAUAUUCCUGUUAGUCCCACAUCCAAGAAGCAGCUCAACUACAUGGAGCUGGAGCUACAGGAGCCAGGUCCUGGUCCCCGAGGGACUGCCGCACAUCUCCCGCUUCAGAGAAAGAGCUCCACCAAGUACGCGCAGAUCGACAUCACCGCUACAGAGACGGCCCACAAAGUCGGCACGCUGCACGCCCUGGGACGACAGGAGGGCCUGCACACUCUGGAGCUGAGGAGAAAGGGGAUGCCACAUUGAUUUCUUCAUCACUGAACUGUUCUUCUCAGCAGCUUGGUUUUUUUUUUGCCCAGGAACCGUCUCUCUAAGAAGGUUCUCAGUUGAGACCGUUCUAAAAGAUCCUCUGCUGCAGGUUGCACCAACUGGUCUUUACUGAGCCUGGUCCUAACUGCCAAGUCUGUCUUUAUUAAGACCAGCCUUUAGAAUGGACUGGACUGGACGGGACUAUUUGCGGCAAUGCUAUUCUAGAGGAUUGGAGAAAAGGAAAUCUCAUGGACAUUGAGAUGCAACAGUUAAUAGAGCUGUAACAGUUAAACAUCUUAGUCAUUCUGUAUUGAAACUAAACGAUCAGGCAUAAAUCACACCACUGUAUCUUAUUGUCCACACACAAGUAUAAGCCAACUCAAAUAUAUCAAACUCCGAAGGCCCGACUGUCUUCAUCGGUUGUAGAAAACCAGGAUGUCAUCAAACAGCAGAACAGAGUGUCAACAGUUCUCAGUAAUAUAUUCUAAUACUGUGCGUAUAUCAUUUAGUUUAGGCUACAUAGCCUAUUGUUUGUGUUUGAAAUUGCUUCAUUGAACGACUCUCUGUGCGUCAGAGUGGCCACACACACUCCAUCUUCGCCAGUCACCUCACCCAGCACAUCUUCACCACCUUCCUCAAAUAUAGCAGUAAGUUUCACCAUAUUUAAAGGAAUAAUUAAUGAGCUCCUGACUAGGUGUAAGAUUUACACCCGGUCUUAGCAAGGAGGAGGCUUAAGCCUAGACUAGACUAACCAUUAGAUCAAGCUUAGAAAACCAAGUUAUGACCAAAUUGGCUUAAGACCAGAAGUAACCACUGUUGGUACAACCGGCCCACGAUGGAGGAAUUUGUUCUCUCUUCUCGUCAUGGAAGUUACUUCGCCCAGUCUACACAUAUAGUCUCUACACAACCCUUUACCAGUUCUCUUAGAUUCAGACUUGCCUCUGUAAUCACAACACAACUUGAAGAUGGAGCAACGUUUCAAUCUGGGUCUUCUUAGCGGACUCAGGCAUCUCAUUAAAUGGCAUUAUUUCAGAGCCUCAGGCUAACUUGGAGGAAGAUGUGCGAGUUGUGAGCUGAGUCAUCGGCCCCAAUAACUCCCCACAGCUCUUCCGGGCAAUCCCCAAUAACACGCAGUAUGCUGUUUUUUUUUCCUUGUUUGGGAGAACGAGAUGAAGCAGAGAUCGUGUUUAUUCUCUCAAGGAGUUCAUAGUCAUUUUCUCAGUGACAUUAGUAAUUCCACAUGUAGUUGCACAAAAUACACUUUUUUUUGUAUAUUUAGGAAAAUAUUUCAUCCAGUCUUCAGAAUGAAAAUGUCAGACUGUUAAAACAAUGUAAGUAAAUACAGGAUAGUCAAUGCUGCAUAAUACUUCCACCUGAUGCAUUGUGACGUUUUGCGCGGGUGUAAAGAGUGGAUUGUGGUUUAUGACGAACAUAAUCUCUAUAUUAAUAAUGCAAAGCAGAGAGGAUGUCGAUGGUGAAUGGAUCUUCUUAAUCUCACUGUAACAAAUCUAUCCCAGAUUUCACUGCCUGGCACUCACGGCCAUCAUUUUUUCAAAAUUAUGUGUUUUUGAAGUUUUUUUUACUCACUGAUGUGGUUACAUGCUUUUUAUCAUCAGUCCUAAGUGUGUGUGUGUGUGUGUGCACAUAAUAACUUUUAGUUUCAAUAAAAAUGCUGGAGUGUUUUGAACAGCUACUUUAGUCAAUGUAUUGUUUUAGUCUCAUACUCUACUAGCGUUAUGCUUUAUUUUAAUAUCUGUAAAUACAUUUUCUUUCCAUUUAGAUGAUCUGGAUUGUUAUAAAAUAUACAUGUAAAGACUUUAUGGAUGUACAGAAAUUAUGUAUGGGAAGAGUUCAAGUAAUGCCAUUUUUCUUGUAAAUUAUUUAUAACUACUGCUUUGAUGUGAAUGUUCAGUUUUUCUAGAGCUACACUAGAUCAUAUAUGGGACUUUUCCCCCAUAUACACUUGUUAACAUUAUAUGAAGCAUUUUUUGAUUAUUUUCAUUCAGCACUACUAGCAUUUGAAUGAGUAUGAAGGUACUUGGCGCUGACCACAUUUUAGCAACAUUUUGAACCUUGGAAUAAUUAUUGAUUUUUGUAUUGUUAGUAAAUUAUUAUGAAAUUGAAGGUGAUUUACUUAGAAAAGCUAACACAAAUUGAUUACAUUUGCUGUUAAAUUAUGCAUUAUAAAACUUAAGUGAAAAAUAAUAAAUGUAUUGAAUUUGCUAAUAAUUCAAGUCAUCAGUUUUAUUUAUAUUCAUACAGCCCAGUAUCACAAAUCACCUCCCAGUCUGUCUUUACAUGAUUGAAUUAUUCUUUGGACUUUUAGAAAGAACCAUUAAAUAAAUGUAAACUGCAUU